AUGGCUUCCACCGAUUCAGCAAACGGACACAUGUCCCUGACGAACUAUGUGUCUUUCCAAGAUCCGGAUACGGGGCGCACCCGCGUUGGCCAUUACGAUCUCGCGAAUGCAUCUAUCCAGCCAUUGGCCUUCUUGUCCGGAACGCCGCUAGACAGCAUCUACCAAGUAAUCGAAGUUGGUGAAUCCAAUAUCAUCCCUUUUGGGAAAACAUUACCGGCCUCCGGAACCAGGAUCUUGCCACCCUUCACCGGCCGCGAUAUCUUGUGUGUUGGCAAAAACUAUGCAGAACACGCGAAGGAGUUCAAUAGCUCAGGUUUCGACAGCUCCGACAAAGUAGACACGCCAUCCCAUCCCGUCAUUUUCACCAAACGUUUCACUUCCAUCAUUGGAGAUGGCGAGGAAAUCCUUCCGCAUUCGGACUUCACGGAGACAGUCGACUACGAAGGCGAGAUUGGUGUUGUCAUUGGUAAAGCUGGAUUUCGCAUCUCAGAAGAAAGCGCAAUGGAUCACGUGUGGGGCUACACAAUUGUGAAUGACGUAACAGCGCGUGAGCGUCAAAGAGAUCACAAGCAGUUUUACAUUGGGAAGUCGCCGGAUACGUUCUGCCCCAUGGGACCGAUUGCUGUGCCAGCGUCCAAGCUAGAUAAAGUAUUGCAGCUCGAGACAUAUGUGAAUGGCGAGCUACGACAGAAAGCCACAACAAAGGACCUGAUCUUUUCCAUUUCUUACCUAAUCAAGACCAUGUCCGAAGGGCAAACACUCAUGCCGGGCGAUGUUCUUGCUACCGGGACACCUGCAGGAGUUGGUAUCGGCAAAAACCCACCGGUAUAUCUCAAGCCGGGUGACACUGUCGCCGUGUCUGUAAGUGGUCUGGGUACCCUCACUAAUCGCAUUGCAAGUCCAAACUCGAACAACCCAACUAUCACCAUGGCUGGAAGCACGUUGUCCCACAUACAGCCUUGUAACUUGGCUAAGAGCAUCGACACCACGUCGCUUACAUACAUCAACAACAAAACACUUUAUUACAAAAGGAUCGGUGUACAAUCAAAACCACCUAUCGUUUUCAUCCAUGGUCUUGGUGGCACCUCUGACUUCUACACUCCACUAAUUCAGUCUCUGGGCCUCGAAAACACACACUCACUGCAUCUAUUUGACAUGGAAGGCCACGGGCUCUCACCAUCAUCGCCACUUAGCAAAGUGAGCAUCGAAUCCAUUGCCGAUGACGUCAAUGGCAUAUUCGAGAAGGCAAACAUUGCGCCGGAUGCAACGCUUAUGGCUCAUUCAAUGGGAUGCCUUGCAGCUGUUCAUUUCGCAUUGAUACAUCCAAACAAGAUAUCGAAACUGAUCCUGAUUGGGCCGCCACCAUCACCUCUACCUGAAGCAGGGAGUGCGGGUGCCCAUGCUAGAGCCCAGACGGUGCGGAGUAAGGGUAUGCACGCUGUCGUCGACGCCAUUGUCGCAGCUAGCACUUCAGACAAGACCAAGGCAACAAAUCUGGUGGCAGUAGCGGCAGUGCGCAUGUCCUUACUCGGCCAGGAUCCGGAGGGGUAUGCGAAGGGGUGCACGGCACUUGCGGAGGCAAAGGCACUCGACUUUGCCGCGAUCCAACCCAGAACGCUCAUUAUUACAGGAACUGAAGACAAGGUUUCGCCGCCUCAGUUGUGCGAAAAAUACUUGGAAAGGCUAGGAGACAAGGCAAGUCUGCAUUUGCUGGAAAAUGUGGGGCAUUGGCAUGUUCUAGAGGACUUUCAAAGUGCUGCGAAUGCUGUAAAGACGUUUUUGUAG